CCCCGCUCCUCCCCAGCGCGGGCCUGAGCUCGGCCCGCCUCCCGCUCCCUCCUCCCUGACGCCGACCUGCGUGGGGACCUGCCCUCCGGGUCACUGCGGGACCCACCCCCUUGGCCAGCAGUUCCCGGGGGCCCUAGCUCUCCAGCGUGUGCCUACUCACUCGCCCCUCCCUCCUCCCCUCUCUCUCUGUAGUCCAGGCUGGCCUCGAACCCAGGCUGACCUGGAAUUCACUAUGUAGUCUAAGGUUGGCCUCGAACUCACAGUAAUACUCCUACCGCUGCCUCCCAAGUGUUGGAAAUGAUGGCGUGCACCACCACGUUCUUAAGCUUUCUGCACUGUUGAAAGUUCCAAAGAGGAAAACAGUGGUGAUCUUGACCCAAACACUUCAGUCGUGGGGAAAACUAGAGCAUCUCUUCUAACAAGCGGGAAGAUUCCACAGAAGACUGCUUGCUGAUUUGUUAGGGGAUUGAUGAGAAGACCGAGGAGCAAGGGACACACACACACCCCUAGUUCUCCAUCAUCCAGGAUCCAGCUUCCCUUGCUAGUACAACCUGGAGUUUGCAUGUAGCCCUUGUGUCCUGUUUUCACCCUCUGCUCCCUCCCAAAGCCCAACUGCUGUCACUUCACACUCUGCCAAGGGGAGGGAACUGCAGUGACAGCAGGAAUGAGGAGUGAGGCAGGGCAGGGCUGUGGGCACAAGCAGGUAUGGAGAGGGAGGUGCCUAAGCCAGGUGACAUUAAGACCCAAAAAGAGGACAGAGGAGCAGGGUAAGGGGUGGUCAAAGCCUGAGAUAGAGGAGGACCAAAACCAGCCAAAAGGGGGGCAGAAGAUGGGACACUGCGUGUUACAGAGGCACUCUGCCAUGUUGGGGGCAAAAUGGGACUGGCUACCAGGUCUCCUACCCAGCCCCAGGCUGCCCUUGACCCUGGUGCUUCUGGCUCUAGGAGCGGGGUGGGCCCAGGAGGGGUCAGAACCUGUUCUGUUGGAGGGUGAAUGUCUAGUGGUGUGUGAGCCAGGUCGGGCUAUUGCCGGGGGGCCUGGGGGAGCAGCCCUGGGAGAGGCUCCCCCAGGACGAGUGGCAUUUGCUGCAAUCCGAAGCCAUCACCAUGAGCCGGCAGGGGAGACCAGCAACAACGGCACCGGUGGGGCCAUCUACUUCGAUCAGGUGCUGGUGAAUGAGGGUGGCGCCUUUGACCGGGCCUCAGGCUCCUUCGUGGCACCUGUCCGUGGAGUCUACAGCUUCCGGUUCCAUGUAGUGAAGGUGUACAACCGCCAAACAGUCCAGGUAAGCCUGAUGCUGAACACAUGGCCAGUCAUCUCAGCCUUUGCCAACGACCCUGAUGUAACCCGGGAGGCAGCCACAAGCUCUGUGCUACUUCCCCUGGACCCUGGGGACCGGGUGUCCCUGCGUCUCCGUCGGGGGAAUCUUCUGGGUGGCUGGAAAUAUUCUAGCUUCUCUGGCUUCCUUAUCUUCCCACUCUGAGGACACAAGUUUUUGAAAGACAGUAACCCAGUCCCUGCCCCCUGCCUUCUUCCUCCCCUGCCCCAGAAACAGUAUCUUUGGGGCAAGAGAAAGGAUCCCCUUCUCAGACUGCCUGCCUACAACCCACCUCCUUGCAUGAGAUCUGUGCCAAAUACACACACCUAAAUAGAAAAGAGCAGCAAUGUGGUGUUUCCAGACCAGACUCCUCAUCACCCCCAACCCAGUUGUGCCCCCCUCCCCACCUCGCCUGUCUUUGUGACUGGAAGCCAGUGCUAUUUGGUGACAGGUGGCACAAGGAAGCCUGACAGGCUCCCACAGGGCCCAGAUGGAUCAGCUUCAGUCUACCCUGCAGGAUCCUUCCUGUGGGGAGUGCCAGCAUCAGGGCUUCAGCCAGCACCUUGUGGACAGGGAGGACUGCUUAGCCAUAAGCCCAAAUGUGGGAAGAGCCACAGAGCUGUCCAGAGCCUGUGGCUGGUAAGGCCAGAUGGAGGCUUGCACCUACCCUGAACAUCUUACACAUUCUACAGAUACACUGAAACAACCAGCAGCAAGGACCCUGGCUGUCCAUGUGUGUGAGGUCCCCAUGGACUCUGACGUUCAGGAUCUCCCCACCCAAAGCUGCGGGGGGGGGGGUGUUUAUUCUGAUCAACAGGAGAGCAGAGAAGGUGUACAGAGCCAGAGGUGGGCGUAGAAGGUCACUCAUGGACCAUAGGGUACAUCAGUGACCAUGUGUCCUCUUGUUUGGCCACCUCCUGGAGCUGCCUGACCUUUGAAAGUCUGAGUUUCAGUCACUCCCCACCCUGACUGCCACUCCUUCCUCCAGCUCUGUUAUCCUCACUGUACCUGCUACAACUUGUCCCCAUCAUUUCCUUUCCAACCCAGCCUCACUGUCUUAUUUUCCUUCUUAACCUUCCUUCACCUGGGAUUCCACAAUGUUGUCCCUCCAAACACCUUCCUCCCAGCAUCAUAGACUCACUAUUGUCCCAGUGUCCAAUGUUCCUGCAUGGAUGAAUCUAUCAAUGGAGCAACUAGAGAACUAUGGUUGGUGAAACGCUACAGGUUUUGUAGAAAGAACAUGCAGUUUGGAUCAGGAUUCAAACAGGCAGGGGAUGUGGUGCAGAAAAUUAUUGUGAAAUUGAAUAAUAAAAAAUGUCUAAUAAGAAUA